UUUUCCCGUUUAUCUUUCACUGUUAUUGAAACUGAAUGACAUUCAUUAACUUUUGUUUAAAUAUACUGUAACUUAUAGGUGUGUGUUCAGAUACAGAUUCAUCUGUCCGUUCACUUUCUUCUGCUUUACCUCGUUCAGUCAGCCUUAUUCCACUGACUGAUAUUGUUUCUCUGUGUGGAUUUGACUGUUUGUAAUAAGAUUUUUUCAGUGCAACCUUGGUAUUUUUUGGAUCAAGAGAUAAAGGUGAGAUAAAGGUUGAACAGUUUACGCCAGAUAAGCUGAGCUGCUAUAAUCAAAGGUCAGAGAGUGACCUUUGGUAUGGACAUCACGAUCUCUAAAUGCAGAACAUUUUAGCUAAUGCGCUAAGAUAACUAGCACAUGAAGGUUUUUGAAAUUAAAUUUAGUUGAAUUUAGCAUCACAGAAUUAGUCUGGUUUGAGUUUAGGCAGGAUAGAUGACAUGUGGUGAGCCUCAGCUCUUUCAGCUAACCCAUCAUUAGGUUUUCAUUGGUCAGACAUCAGUGUUUUUGAGGUUAACAAAUUUCACCAAUUAUCCGUCCAAUCUUGCCCCAUCACACUGUCUUGCAGGUCAAAAUGUCGCGGUGGUGCUGGAGAGAUUUAGAAUUAUUUUAUCCUAUAUUGACAGACACAGGAAUUACAAAACCGUGCAUAUUUGUCUAAACAAAUCUUACUCUUAAGCAGACACCGCACAGACAUGGAGAAUAAGGCGUUGGAACUUGACUCUCUGAGUAUUCCAGUGGAGGACACCAGUCAUAGAGAAGGCCAGCCCCCGCCGCAGCAGCAGCAGCAGCCGCCUCAGCAGCAGCAGCCGCCUCAGCAGGAGCCAUCCAUGCUGAUCCACCUGAAGAAGGUUGAGAAUGAGAUCACCGAUGCCCAACGUUUCUCACACCUGCCCAAACGCUCAACAGUGGACCUGGAGUUCACCGACCUUUCCUACACCAUCCAAGAAGGACCAUGCUGGAGAAGAAAAGGUUUUAAAGCCUUACUGAAGUGCCUGUCCGGAAAGUUCUGCAGUCGAGAGCUGGUCGGAAUCAUGGGGCCUUCAGGAGCUGGAAAGUCCACCUUAAUGAAUAUUUUGGCUGGGUACAGGGAAACAGGAAUGAAGGGUCAGAUUUUUGUGAACGGUAAACCCCGGGACCUGAGGAAAUUCAGGAAAAUGUCCUGCUACAUCAUGCAGGACGACAUGCUGCUGCCACAUCUGACUGCACAUGAGGCCAUGAUGGUAUCAGCCAACUUGAAGCUGGAUGAAACUUCAGAUGUAAAGAAAACUCUGGUCAAUGAGAUUUUGACUGCGUUGGGGCUCCUGGAAUGCGCUCACACUCGGACCAGCUCACUUUCAGGGGGUCAGUGUAAACGACUGGCCAUCGCUCUGGAGCUGGUCAACAAUCCUCCAGUCAUGUUCUUUGAUGAGCCCACCAGUGGCUUGGACAGCGUAUCGUGCUGUCAGGUGGUCUCUCUGAUGCGUUCUCUGGCUCUGGGCGGUCGCACCAUCAUGUGCACCAUACACCAACCCAGUGCCAAACUGUUUGAGAUGUUUGACAAGCUGUACAUUCUCAGUCAGGGUCAGUGCAUCUACAAAGGCUCGGUGCCCUACCUGAUCCCUUAUCUGAAGAGUUUGGGUCUCUACUGUCCCACCUACCACAAUCCCGCAGACUUUGUUAUUGAAGUUGCAUCAGGUGAGUACGGAGACCUGAAUCCUAUGUUGUUCGAGGCAGUCCAACACGGAAUGUGUGCAGUUGAGAAGAAAAAGAACCAAUGUGAUGACAAUGACAUUUCUGUGUGUGAGACAACAGAUCCCAUGGACACUGGCCAUGUGGAGAAGCAUACUUUCGCCACAAGUACAUUAACACAGUUCUGUAUCCUCUUCAAGAGAACCUUUAUAACAAUAUGCCGAGACCAGGUUUUGACCCAUUUGAGACUGAUGUCUCACAUCCUCAUCGGUGUAUUGAUAGGUUUGCUCUACUUGAACAUCGGAAAUGAUGCUAGCAGGGUCUUCAACAACACUGGCUUCCUGUUCUUCUCCAUGCUUUUUCUCAUGUUCGGCGCCCUCAUGCCCACUGUGCUAACUUUUCCUCUGGAGAUGUCAGUGUUUCUGAGAGAACAUCUCAACUACUGGUACAGCCUGAAAGCCUACUACCUUGCCAAGACCAUGGCUGAUCUUCCAUUUCAGGUGAUCUGCCCCAUCAUGUACUGCAGUAUCGUGUAUUGGAUGACAAAGCAGCCUCCUGAAGCCAGUCGGUACCUGCUCUUCGUAGCCCUGUCCAUUUGCACUGCACUUGUAGCUCAGUCCCUCGGUCUGCUGGUCGGGGCUGCGUCCCCUUCACUGCAGGUAGCCACGUUUGUUGGACCUGUCACAGCUAUUCCAGUUCUGCUCUUCUCCGGGUUCUUCGUGAACUUUGACACCAUCCCCAAGUAUCUGCAGUGGAGCUCCUACAUCUCCUACGUCAGGUAUGGAUUUGAAGGCGUGAUCCUGUCCAUCUACGGCAUGACCCGCUCAGAGCUGGAGUGUGCGGUAGAGACGUGUAAAUUCCAACAGCCAGAGGAAGUGCUGCACUUAUUGGACGUAGAGGACGCAAAGCUCUACGUAGACUUCAUCGUCCUCGGCAUUUUCUUCAUCAUCCUACGGUUGGCUACCUACAUUGUCCUUCGCUACAAAAUCAAAGCUGAGCGAUAGGUUUCACCAAAUGAACGUCCUCUGUGAUAUCAAUGCUUGCAAUAUCAAUGCAGCCCUGUUUUUAUCUAUGCACCAACUACUAUUUCUAUUGUAGAGAGUUUAUGCUCAAUUUACAUGUUAAACCGUGAAAGGACAAUGUUUGACAAUGUACAUAUGUGAUGAGUAAUCUUAUAAAUUAACUUAUACCCAUUUUACCUCAGAAAAAAACGUACAUUAAAGAACAAAGGUACUGAGUCAUUUUGCUAAACAUACGCAUGUUUCUUUAUUUUCCUGCACAUUUGAUUUUCCUGCUGUUUGCACUGAACUGUAAAUACUGUUGUUUGCAAAAGAUAUACAUACUAUUGUUGCAUUGGAGAACAAGUCCUAAAUGACUAAAUCUAUCAGUACAUAACAGCAGUUUCUUUGAGAUUUCUUUCAUUCUUAAGCUUGAGUUUGUAUAUGUAUUAUUAUAUGAUAUAAUUCCAUCCAUCCAUUCAUCCAUCCAUUUUCAUCCGCUUAUCCGUUACCGGGUCAGCAGUCACCGCCCCAAUCAAACUGCACCGUACCAACCCCCCCGAACCGUCCUGCGGGUGGUGAGUCCACUGGAAGGUACCAACUGCCCUAACCGGGAUUCGAACUUGCCCAGGAGGUGAACCCUGGUGUUCCACACCAAUGACAGAGACAUUGCCUCUGGGCCAAAGCGCCACUAUGAUAUAAUUGUUUCUCAUAAUUUAGUAUAAUUUAUACCAUCUUAUGAUUUUAAAUAUGUAGCAUUAAAUAAAAUAGUUCGGAUUUAUUUUGCAGCACUGUGUGAGCUCCAGUUUUGUAUGUAGAUGCACUCUAAUGCUAGAGAAAAGCAACCACUUUUAUCAUUAUUUUGUAAACUUUCUGCAUUUUGAUGAGUAAUACAAAUGAGACGCAACAUACUGAUCGAUUUCAUGUGUGAAGUUCUGCUUUUGAAAGCAAUUCUGUUCUCUGAUAAUGAAAAAAAAUGCCUUCAGGAUACAGAAUGUAAGGAUGCUGACAAAUCAAGGAAAUGUGUGUGUUUGUGUGUCCUUUUCAGGACCAGAGGGAUAAUGUUUCUGAGGCUCUAGAUCGGGGUGUCAAACUCAUUUUCAUCGGGGGGGGGCCACGUCAGUAAUACAGUUCCCCUUGACGGGCCGGUUGUAACUGGAAGAUUGUAUAAAUGUAACUACUUCAUAAUGUAUUAAUAAAAGUUUCUGCAAUUGAUUAUUAUUUAUUAAGGUUACAAAAAAAUUGUUCAUUGCUCUGUAAUAAAAAACUUUUAAUUUUAUCUGGUUAAGAAAAAUUUAGCAGCAUGAACUUUAUUAUGAUGGAAAUGCAUUUAAAGCUCCAGAGGGCCACACAAAACGGCCUGGCGGGCCACAUUUGGCCCCCGGGCCUUGAGUUUGACACGUGCUCUAGAUAAUCAGAUAGUCAGAGUAAAUUAUGGUUUUACUAAUGCCACAGUUAGGGCUUAGCUUGAACUGGUUUUGUUUUCUAACAAUGACUGCUGUGCAGAACUGUCCUUGUGUAUUUGCUUGUGUGAAUGUGUAACUAUGAACUGUAAAUAUUCCUCUAAGCUGUUUUUACAUGCAUUACAAACAUCACUGAUAGAGAAAACAAAAUAUAUAAAAUGUUGUGAUUUCAAUUUCUUUACAUAUUGACGUUGAAACAGCACAGAAACCAUUUCUGCGCACAUUUGUUUCAGUUUGUUUGAACUGGUGCCUUACAAAUAUUGUCACAGUCACAUGACGUUCCAUCAAAGUGAGAUAAAAGAAAACACUCCUGUGUGAGGUAUAUUCUAUUUUUGACAAUCAGUUGGCUACUGAAUUCUUUUCAAUACACAACAGCCUUAAAAUGAAAACAUUUCUUGUAAAAAAAAAAGGUGUUAAUUUCAAAAAAAAAAAAAAAUUUUGAAGAAGAAGUUUACAGGUAAGGCCUACACACAAAGAUUUCAGCUAAAGACCCUCGAGCAUAUUCACUCUGUACAAGCAUAUACAGUAAACAUGUCCAAAUCAGCAAGUUUCCUGUUUUGUCUUUUAUGAAUGGACACUGGAACCCGGCUUUUACUAACACAAACUGUAGUUAUUUAGAUAAUUAGAGCAUCCCACACCAAAAAGUCAACAUCCAUGAAAAUAUAUAACGAUAUAAUCAAUGUGCAGAGUUGUGUUUCAACAUCCCAAAAACUGCCUCCUGGAUUAAUGUUGCAGAGGUAACGUUAAAACUGUUUUAAUGUUUAGUUUUUCCUUAGAUUUCGUCAGGAACAGCUGGAAUUUCUAGCACGAUUAUUUUCUUAAAUGUUGUGACAUUUGAAACAGACAUUUUAUUUAUGUCCAGGACAUUAAUGGAACUUUACUAAACUGUAUUGACAAUU